AGUUAGUGUGAUAACCUCAGUGAUUAGUCUUAACACAAAUGGCUCUGACCAUUAGAGAGAGGAGGCUCCCGCAGCUGCACAUCUCGCUCGACGCCCCCUCGUGCGCCUUCCGAGCCCCCAACCCGCCGGCGGCCUCCACGUCUGCGUCGUGGGGCGGCGAGUUCCGGCUCUCAGACUUCGACAGGCUCGCCGUGCUCGGCCGUGGGAACGGCGGCACGGUGUACAAGGUCGCUCACCGCCGGACGUCGGCGCUGUACGCGCUCAAGGUCCUGCACUGCGGCGACCCCGGCGCCGCGUCGGAGGUGGACACCCUGCGGCGCACCGACUCGCCGCACGUCGUCAGGUGCCACGGUGUCAUCCCGGCGGCCUCCGGCGACGUUGCGCUCCUGCUGGAGCUCGUGGACGGUGGGUCGCUCGAUGCCGUCGUGGGGCGGCAGGGGGCGUUCCCGGAGGCGGCGAUCGCGGAGGUGGCGGCGCAGGCGCUGUCCGGCCUGGCGCACCUCCACGCCAUCCGCGUCGUCCACCGCGACGUCAAGCCGGCAAACCUCCUCGUCAGCGCCGCUGGGGACGUCAAGAUCGCCGACUUCGGCAUCGCCAAGGUCCUCUCACGCGCCGGCGACCACUGCGACGCCUACGAAGGCACCGCCGCGUACAUGAGCCCCGAGCGCUUCGACACCGAACGCCACCGCGACGCCGAUCCCUGCGCCGCCGACGUUUGGGGCCUCGGCGUCACCAUCCUCGAGCUCCUCAUGGGGCGGUUCCCGCUGCUCCCCGCCGGGCAGAAGCCGAGCUGGGCGGUGCUCAUGUGCGCAAUCUGCUUCGGCGAGCUGCCCGUGGUGCCCGAGGGCCCGGCGUCGCCGGAGCUCCAGGGGUUCGUGGCCGCAUGCCUGCAGAAGGACUACACCAAGCGGGCGUCUGUAGCACAGCUGCUUGCGCACCCGUUCAUCGCCGGACGAGACGUGGUGGCCUCUAAAGACGUUCUCCGACGGCUUGUCGCCGGAGCGUGAAC